AGUUGAAAUUUCGGCCAGAUUGGGAACAUGCUUCGACCUAGGCUCGUAUUUACAGUUUCUAAGCGCGUUCGAGCUGCCAUAGUGGUCAGCGGGUCGCCCGCUCCUAAACCGUCCUUAAACGACGCUUACUCGUCGCAAACCGUACCGAUUUCCUCUCACCUGCCCUCGCCCGAACCGUGUUCUCCUGCGAAUUCGUCGCAACCGCUGUCGCACCUUCUGUCGCAACGGCAGUUGCGAAAUGCGUCCACCAAUCAACACGGUGCCGGCGAUCCUCCUUCUGAGGCGUCUCGAAUCGCUACUGGGUGGCCAUACGCGGUAGACUGUGCUUCUGAUUCUGGGCCUUGGGAAGCAGCAGCAAUACCAGCACCAUCAGCAGCAGCAGCAGCAGCAGCAGCAGCAGCAUCCAGUGCUCUGGCUGUGGGUGCCUUUGUUUUCCCUGCUGCAAUUCGGACCCUUGCUGCUGCUUCUGCCCCUUACCUCCAUAUCCCUCACGCCCCUCCUCCUGCCAGCAUCCACUCUCGAGGCUUCGCUCGGAGGGCAGAGAGAGGGCGGCCGCUGGCAGCAGCAGGCGCAGCUGCUGCUGACCGGGUGACCCCAGCAGCGGCGCCACUGCCGCCACGGGUACCAGCACAUGCACCUCGACCAGCAGCAGCCGGUGCAGCAGCAGCCGGUGCUGCAGCAGCAAAGGCUGAAGAGCGAUAUUUGGAGGAGAAUAACCGAGAACGGCGUCCUUGGCCCGAGAGGGUUCGGAAUGCCGUGCCAGGAGUGGCACACGGAGCAAGAGCGGGGCGAUGGGGAGAGAGACGGGGAGGGGGAGGAAGAGGGGAGGGGAGAGCAGAGAGCGAAGGACAUGCAGCAGCACCUGCAGCAGCGAGAGCGGCAGGCAGGAGGGGUAGGGACGAAGCGAAGCGGGAGAGAGACAGCCGCGUGGUGACGUUCCUUCUCCACAUGCUCAGAUCCCUCCAGCCUUCCCCGCCGUCUGCUCCUCCCCUCCCUCUGACUGCAGCUUCCUCCCCUGCCAUUACCGUUCCCUCCUCUCCUGCAGCUCCUCCCUCCCGCCCCCUCGCUUCGCCUCUCGUCCCUCAUGCCAUCCCUUUCCCUUUCCUCGCUUCCCACCCGCCCGCUUCCCACCCGCCCGCUUCCCCUACCUCUGCCCGUCCUGUCCCGCCCACUGUCCCUCUUCCCUCCUCUCCUCCUCCUGCAAUCCCUCCCACUCAACGGAUGGCAAGCGGCGGGCGAAUGGGGAUGGAGGAAAUGCUGGCGCGGCUGCAGCAGCAGUGGCAGAUGCAGGUAGCAGGCAGCAGCAGCGGGAGGAACAGGAAGCGAAAGAGCAAGGGCAGGAUCACAGGAACGGGUGAAAGCAGCAAGGAAGGCGAAGAGGGGUCGGUAGGCGGGAUUCAAGAUAACAUUCACACCAGGGGGGCUGCAAAAGUGAGGUCGUACCAUGUGAGUGAGGUGCUCAAAACGCUGUGGGACGCUGACGUGGGCCUGGCGUUCUUCCGGUGGGCCAAGGACGUGCAGGGGGUGCAGCCGGACGCGCACGUGUACUCAAGCCUGUUUGGGCUGCUGGGCCGGGGGAAGGAUGCAACAAGUCUGGAGAGGGUAGUGGAGGAGAUGAGGGAGGAUGGGUGCGGGCACAAUGCGUACACGCUGCAAGCACUCGCUGCUGUGUACGCUCGUGCUGGGAGGUCGGAGGAGGCUCUGGCGACGCUGGCUGAGGUGGAGCAUUGGGGGUUCUCAGAUGACCGCUCUACUGUUGGGGCGCGAGUGGAUGUGCUGUUCCGCAUGGGGCGGUACCGCGACGUGGUCAAGACGUUCAAUGUGAUGCGAGAGGCGGGCCACACGCCCGACACUUUCAUCUACAACGCCGCCGUUAUGAGCUACGGGCGCCUCAACAACACCGUCGGGGCGGAGAUGGCGUUCAAGGAGAUGAUCACAAAGGGAAUGGCGCUCACUGUGCGCUCUGCCAAUAGCCUCAUGGAAGUGUAUGGCAAUGCUGGCAGGAUUGACGACGCCAUGGCGGUGUUUGAUCGGAUGUGCCUGGCUGCCUGCACCAAUGCUGCUGCUGCUGCUGUACCGGCAAGCACUGCAUCAGCAGCACCUCGUACCACCUCCACCAGCACUGCCCCUUCUUCUUCCCCGCCAUCCAUUUGGCCGGCGCCUGACAUGAUCACCUACACCGUGGCAGUGCACCUUCUCAGCAACGCCGGACGGCUGUCAGAGGCAGAAGCCACGUUUGAUGCCAUGCUGGUGGCAGGGAUGCAGCCGGACGCUGUUGCGUGGUCCACCAUGGUGCUCAUGUGGGCGCGAGAGGGCAACCCCCAGCGCGCGGCCAUGUGGUUCAAGCGCAUGGUGCUUGCCGGGUGCCCGGCCAAUGCAUCGGCGUACAACGCACUACUGCUGGCGUUUGUAAGCGUGGGGAUGUUCGAAGAGGCUGAGGAGGUGCUCUCUGCGUUCAAAAACGGGUGGGAUCUGGUGGGGCAGGUUGACUUGUCAGGGGAAAAGCAUACUGGUUUCGGCAAACGCAGACCUGACCAAGCAUCAGGUCCAACGGACGGAUCCAUGGAGGGCGAUACCAGCCUUUGGGCAGGUCAGGCAGUAAACCUGGUGCGAGGCAAAGUCCUCAAAGUGCCGGUUGGUGAGGGCCCCAACCUGAUGACGUACACCAUGCUGCUGAAUGCCUGUACCACCUCCACAGCUCGCAGCGACGUGGGCCGGUUGGUGAGGCUGAUGGAGGCCACGGAGCACCCCGCCCACGCCGUGUUCCACCUGCUCUUAGAGGGGUUUGACGCGCCUCAGAAAGUGCCCCACCUGCCCGUAGAGGCGGCUGGGACUGAGAGAGGGAGUGAGGGAGGAAGUAAAGAGGGUAGCUAUGGGGAGACAGGAAGGGAUGCUGUUGCGAGAGUGGUGGAGAGGGGUUUGGUGGAGGUGGAAGUGAGGAGAGUGUUGGGGGAGUGGGAAGAGGAGCGGUGGCGGGAGGUAGAGAGGGCAAUGAGAGGGGCCGUGUGUACCAAGGCUGAUAUAAAAACCCAGCACGCCUUCUCCGAGGCAUGCGUCGCUUUCUUGCAUAAAUUUGGGCGGCAUGAGGGGGCAGCCCGCAUGUGGGACCUCUGCCACACGCGGCUGCAGCUGUUCCCGAACAUCAUUCGGCUGCCCGCGGUUUAUGGGCGGCAUGGAAAGUGUUUGUUGGACCUACACGGCAUUUCGGCAGGCACGGCCGUGACUGUGACCAAGUGGGCGUUGGAGAAGAUGCGGCAGGCUGUGGCGGCCUCUGCUGUUUCAGGUGCGGCUGAUGCAUCGCUUGAAGCAACAAGUGUCACUCCAGAGCACGGACAGAGUCUCGUUUUAGAAGCAGCGGAUUCAGUUGAUUCAGACGAUGCAGACGAAGGAGCUAUGUUAGCUGCACAUGAGUCAACAGAAUUAUCACCAGGAGUAGGGGCAGCCACGGCAUCCAAUGACUCACCGCUGGAGUGGCGACGACCUUUAAAGGUGGAGAUAGUAACGGGGUGGGGUAAACGCAGCAGAGUGCAGGGAGCCUCGCUGGUGAAGGCGGGUGUGGAGGCGGUGCUGCUGAGGGAGCUGAGGGCGCCCUUCUCCGUGCACCGCUUCCACCCCGGCUCCUAUGAGGCUGACGGGGCUGACCUCGAGGCCUGGCUGCUCACGCCAGGUGUCGACCAGGUACUGGCUCCACGAGAUUCGGGCUGAGUGGAGCUCCGGACUAGGCCUGUCAGCCAAAUAUCCGGCGUGAUACUGCUGUUGGACGCUCGGGUUGCUGAAUCUAGGGGUACCGUUUUUUAGGACACUCAAGAAGCAUGGGCACAAUGCCUUCAACAUGGCAUAGUGCAGCAGAGCAUGUGAGUUCAUUGAUGAAAAACGAUCCCACCUCGACUCAGUGCAAGUUCCUUUGAAGCCAG